CAGUUGACCCCGGAAGUAGUAACACAAACAAGGGCGUGAACUAUGAAUUGACGCGAAACGCCCCUGUCAACCAAAGAUUCUCUGCAAAAAUUAGUAAUCUUGAGGAUCUGUGCAUCAACUUCAGAGCCAGGACAGGCCAGAUUUAGAUUGGAAUUUAGAUUACAAACUUCAAUCGCAGUUUACUUUAGUCUCUCUCUCUCUUUUGGCCGGACUUUACGGUCACCACAAGACCUAAAUCUAGAUCUACUUCACAUAGCAAUAAUGCCGAAACUUCUUGAAAACUGCAAGACCCUUUUUCAUACAGAUUGUUUGUAUGGAGUUCUUGGUGUCACCAAGGACGCAACACAGAAAGAGUUGAAAAAGGGCUAUCACAGACGCUCUCUGGCAUAUCAUCCGGACAGAGCGGAGAAUGAGGACAAGGCUGCUGCCACGGAAAAGUUUCAAGUCCUUGGUCAAGUCUACAGCAUUCUUUCUGACCAGGCUCGCAGGGCGGAAUAUGAUGAGACAGGUGGUGUGGAGGAGGAGGUGAGUGUGGAUGAGGACAAGGACUGGGACCAGUACUGGAGGCUUCUCUUCCCCAAGGUCACGCAGAAGGACGUGGAGGAGUUUACCGAGAACUAUAGAGGUUCUGAUGAAGAGAUAGAGGACCUGAAGAAUGCCUACCUGGCAAGCGAAGGCGAUAUGUCCGUUGUCAUGGAUACGGUUCUGUGCUGCACCUACGAGGACGAGCCUCGCUUUACGAAAAUCCUCAAGGAUCUCAUCAAGAGCGGGGACCUCCCAGAUUUUGACAAGUUCUCGAAAGAGAACAAAAGGAGUAAAAAUGGCCGGUUGAAGAAG